AUGUCUCUUACUACGUAUUUUUUAAAAAAGUCGGCUAUAGAUCAUUCAACACUUAAAUACUUCAACACAUUACUUUCUUAUCCGAUUCCUAGGCUUGUGAAAGAGCAAGAGGCAAAUUUGCUUGAGCUGCAGACUCUGAAUAAACAAAUGAAGCUACAAGCAUUGACUGAAAGCAAAGAAUUCAUUGAAGCUUUAGGGGAUGGCAAAGAAAUACAAAUGCUUGAAAACACGAUUUCUUCGUUCUUAAAUUCAGCUUUGGAGCAAACUACAGAAUUGGAAAAAUCGCUACAAAGCAAUUGGCAAAAACUUGAAGAAAAUCUUCAAGAACAGAAAAAGCUAAGAAUGGUUUCAAGCCAACAAGGUAUCAUUAGUGAAAUACUUGAUGUUCCUGCCCUCCUAAAAACACUGAUAAAUGCCCAUCAUUACAAUGAAGCUUUAGAGCUAUUAAAAUUCGUAGAAAAUCUCAAAGAUAACUAUAAAUGUGGCAUAUUCGCAGGUCUCUGAAAUACAAUCUUAGAACUAAAACAUAGAAUUGAAGACGAUGUCAUUGACCAGCUUACAGAUACCUUAGAUAAGGACAAGACCUUUAAUUAUUUACUUAUCCUUAAACAUCUAAAAAAUUUGGACGAAAAUCAGCUUUGUGAAUCAUAUAUCAGGUACAAAAAGAAAUAUCUUGCAAAAAAAUUAUCUAAACAAAACACUCCAAAACUUUACAUAUUAUUUUAUUUAAAUACUAUCAAAGAUUUUCUCCCUUCUUUUACUGAAAUUUUUUAUAUUAAUUUUAAAGACCAUGAUUUGCUAUUUAAACGGUUUUGCUUUGAUUUGAUUUUGAUGUCGGUCGAAGAUUUGUCGAGAAAUUUCAGUCAAUUAGAUCUUAUAUCGGACAUAAGAGAAAUAUCUUCUUUGUGGCUAGAAAUUAAUAGAGACAUUUUUUUACCACUUGGCGCGAAUAUAUCUAACCUCAUUGGGUUUUAAAAUUACAUUUAUUAUUUGUUUCUUAUUUAGAUGCCUUUAGAUUGGUACAAAUAUGUGACAAUACUAAUUUUAAAUAAUUAUUAAAAUUCACGCUUCAAAUUGAAUGCUAACAAUAAUAAAUUUAAUUAAAUUUCGCUUUUCCAUAAUUUUCUUUAUUUUUUUGGUUUAAAACAUCUCAGAUAUAAAAAUUUUAAUCCUUAUACACAAUAUUAAAUGGCAGUUAAGAGAUAGGUCCAUUGUACCUGCUGCGCAGGUAGGGACCUAUACCCGGGCUUAUGUGAAGGAGGUCGAUCCCCUGGAGAGUCUAGAGUGAAGAGAAGAGGUCAGUGCUGAGUCUGGCACAGACCAGAGAAGUCUUUAGUGACUUGAUAACAUUAAAGGUUCGACGGUUAGGAAGGUCCAACUACCGUUGUUCAGAGCUGUUAAUCAAGUUGGGCCUCACAAAAGGAGAUUGAAUAUUAAGAGAUUUCAUUUUAAACUUAAACUUAAACUUAAAUCCUUAUAAAAAUUAUCAUUGUUCAAUAAGAGAAAGAGUAAGGAAAUAAGCAAUGCUAUAAUAUCAUCAACACAAUUAAGGUUUCUAGAAAUGUGCCAAAAAACAUUAACUCACUUUGAAACUAUGGUAAAAUUGUUUAUGUGGGAAUCGACUGCGCAAAAAGAGAAUCCUUUACUUGAAUAUGGAAGUAUUAGCGUUUUAUAUAAUAACUGUAUUACUAUUAUUAGUGAAAUAAGGUAAUUAGAACUUAGAGAGCUUCCUCUUGAGGAGUUAAAAGAAACCUUUUAUACAGAAAUAGGUUUGCUGUUAAAAAAGACUGCGGAAUAUUCUAUGCAGAAAGGAAGCCAUUUAUUGCCCGAGGCACAGUUAACAAGGCAACAAAAGAUUUAUAGAGGUUUAUUUAUUGGAUUUAUAAAUGUAAAAUUUAUAUAGUGUUUAAGAAAUCAUCUAUAUCCAGAAAUUAUCAAGCACGCUCUGGAAACAUAUGAUAACUCGGAGCAGUGGGAGCAAACUCUUGUAUAUUUUAUCUAUUUAUAUCUGAAUCCGGCAUUUCAGAUUAUAUGUACACCGUUUAUAAUAAAAAAUUCAGAAUUCAAACUAAUAAACUACUAUAAAAAUUAUAUAGAACGAUAUAUACUCAAUCCUCACUCCCUCAUAAUUAAUAUGGUGGUGGUCAUUAAAGAUGUCAUUCACGACGAUGCUCCAACUAAUCAACUCAAUGUUUAAACCCUUUAACUCAACCCUUGCCCAUCGGACAGGGGACUUGUGGGGUAGAUAGCAUUAGGAAUCAACUGGUGGUUACUCCAUUAUCAAGUAUUAGUUAUCGGAUGGUUUUUUUGGCAAGGGCUUUUCUCCUUCAGGUCUCCCAAAGAUGGCCUUUAGUGGGUAAUGACUAGGACGUCUCCCAAGCCCGUUGACCCUCUUGGUAAUUACACUUCGCCCUGUCCUAGGGAAGACCACUGCUCCAAAUAGCGGCUGAAUUUCUGCCAGACAAGCACGUUGGCGCUGGUCUAAAAUGUGCUUAGGCAUCAAAUUUGGAGAUUUUAAGACUUUUAAUUUAAUUUAAUUCACUCCCGCAUUCAUGAGUGAACAAAACUAUUGGAAAAAUUCCUAUUUUUUAGGUCAAACAACCUUUCGUGAACAAAAAUAUUUUUUAGAAUAAAAUUUUUUAAAAAAAUAUUUUGAUAAAUUAGUAUAAUGAAAUCCCGAGUCCAUCUGUUAAAUUUUAACAGAUUGAAUUUUUAAAACAUAAAUUUUACAAAUUAAAUUAAUUUUAGCUUGACAAUUUUUGUGAAUUGGGAUUUUUUAUUAAUUUUUGAAACCAUACAAAUUUUGUUUAAAAAAAAUUAUUACAUGCUCAUGGAGGGGAGGGAAGCCAGCUCUCCGUUAAAUAGUUAA